UUCUCUUAUGCUUUCACCCUGCCCCAGUCCCCACGCGCACUGCCUCCAUCCCGACCCCGCCUCCCUUCCCACCUCCCAUCCGCGCCGCCGCCGUCAAUCCCGGCCCAGAUCAGCGCCGCGGCCGCCGCUAUCCCUACCCAGAUCCGCGGCCGAUGGAGUGUGACGGCGGCUUCGAGUUCUUUGGCCCGUCCGAUCCGGGGUCGUCCGCCGCCGGCAAUACGUACUCUCAGGCGGGUUGGAGCGGCGGCCGCGGCGGAGUCCAAGGUCGACGCGCGGUCUCCAACCCAUCCUUUGCCAAACCGUGUACAGAGAUGGAUCUUGCCACGGGAGGCGCCUCGGUGCCGUGGGCCGAGCUCCCCGCCGACGCGCUCAGCGAGAUCGCUGGCCACCUGCGCGACGCCGGCGACCUGGUCCGCUUCCUCGCCGUGUGCAGGCCGUGGCGCGGGGCUCCGCCGCCGCCCCGCGCGCCCAGCUUCCUCCCGUGCCUCGUGGAGCCGUCCGGCGUGUUCGACGACCCCGGUGUGGGCCUCCACACGCCCUUGUCGGCGAGGAAAACCCGGUUCCUCCUGCCCCUCCCCGCGCUCCGCGGCAAGAAGGUAGAGAGAUCCGACGCCUCCGGUGGCCGCGUCCUCGCCGUUAGCUGUUCCGACGGUACCCGAGCGGCCGAGCUCAUCAACCCGCUCAACGGAGACGCCACCUCCCUGCCUCCACCGCCUCGUCGCAUAUGGCCCGAGUCGCGGAGUGCGAGCAGCGGCGUCGUCUCCCGCAGCGGCGCUGUCGUGCUCCACGCGAACCCGCACCUCAACUUGGCGGCCGUCCUGCUGCGGCCCGGCGAGCUCGUCUGGGAGGAAGUCAGCGUGACCUUCUCGGUGUGGGCGCGUGGCGUGGUGGACACAAGGUUUAUGGAUGAGCAGGAUCGCGUCGCCGCGGCGCUGUGCUCUUCCACCGUCCUCCCCGGGGCCGCCGCGUGCGCCACCGCGAAGCUGCCGCGUCAGCCUCCCCGGAGUCACAGAUACCUGCUCGAGUUCCGCGGCGAGCUUCUCUGCGUUGACGUGGUGAUGCGGCUGCCAUUUCAUUACAAGCAGGUCGUGCUGGAAUCGGUGUCCGUUCACAGGAUGCAGGUCGGAGACGAGGGGAGGCCUCGGUGGGUGGAGAGUGAUCACGGUCGGGGUGAUACCGACCAUCUCUGCUUCUUCCUCAGUUCGAGGGGCAGCUUCGCCGUCGACGCUCGGGAGUACGCCGGCAGCGCGGAGGUGACCGGCGGGUGCGCCUUCUUCUGCAGCUGGCACCCGACGAUUACGCUGGUCAGGAGGUUUUAUGUUGUGUACAAGUAUAGCUUCCGGAACGGCAAGGUCACGGUCGUCGCCGAGCUGCAUACCUUCUUUGACAAACUCCCCAUGUGGUUCAUACCUCGACCGAGGAUGCCUCCUGCUCCACUGGAUCAUUGUUUAGUGGCAUUUAUUUUUUGGGAUAGAGGUAGUAGCAUUUACGUGCCUAUUUUGAGUACAUACUGGUGAUUCCAUUUUUCAGCAUCUAUGCUGUUUCUUCUA